CUCUGGUUGGCCGGCUCGAGGGCUAACUAUGACACUGCGGCCUUUCGUCGUCACCAUGCACUUGCUAUCGAAACGAACAUGGAGAGGAUCUACGUCACUGCUGUCAUCCCAGUCAAGGACUACUGCAUGUACAGCUGCCUCGGCGGCCCACGACCGUUGACGCUCGGGCGGCUCGUCAACCUUCACAAGGCUGCGACCCCCCCGCUCAUGAUUGGGCUCAUGCACGCAUAUGACAACUUUACCAUCUCGGCCUACGUCUACGUUGCCUGCCAUAGCUCGCUCGCAACCGCGUGGCUUCUCAAGGGCCGUGUCAUGCCCGACCAAAUGUUUGCCGGACGCAUGACGAUUGUGUCGUCGGUGCUCUGCGUCGGUGUCUUUGGCGGCUACUGGGCCGCGGGGUUCCUGCUGAUUUCCGGCCGCGUCGAGUCGUCGUCGCUCGUGCUGUCCCUUGUGCUCUACAUGCACACGAUGGGGCUUCUCUGCCUCAUGUGCACCGACACGCAAAAGUUUUACCAGCUGCGCGCCCGGCCGGGGCUCAUCACGGAUGGGUGGCUCACGUGGAGCCGCAACACCAACUACCUUGGGACGUUUACUGUCUACCUCUCGUAUGCGAUUCUGGCGCAGCACUGGGUCCCGUACGCGUGGCUCGGGCUCAUGGUCGGUGUCUCGUACCUCUCGCGGAUGGUCGUCAAGGACAUUUCGCUGCGCAAAAAAGAAGGCGCGGACCGCUACAUGUCCCAGGCGUGGUUCUUCUUUCCCAAUGUCUUUGGCUGGGCACGGCACACGCUGUAUGCGCCCAUCGUCGUCCAUCCCGACGUUCUUGCCGGUCCGAGUCCCGACGAAGUCGCCGCUUGCAGGCCUAUCGGGCCAACAUAAGAAUGAAUCCGAAAUUGAUCUCGCCCGACUUGUG